CGACCAUACUUGAUCUCUACAUCCACUACGCGGUGUCAUGAUUGAUGCUGCUACUGCUACAACCUUUACCGUCUAUCGAUGCUUCCACCUCGGUCUCUGUCACAACAACGCGUCUGCCUUGAAACGCCUCAAUCUACGCGUGUCCAGCAGUGGCAUAAGUCAUCAGUCCCCACCAACUACCAGCUGCUGUAACUGACUACCAGGUCCACUAAACCUACCAACACGGACAGGCGAGGGCGAACGCGACGACCCUCGUGAUCUGUUGCUGUUACCGUCGUUUCGUUGUCUACAUUCUCACCGAUAUCCUCUCCCUGUUUCCUUCACGGGUUCAUACACAUACCUAGUAACCUCCACCAUUCCCUCGAGAACCAGGUUUUGAAUCAUCCACCCGAUAUUGCCGAGGCGGCCGACCACGACACGAGCAUGCAGCAUGCCGUUACGCAUGCGUCAACCAUGCUGGAUCCACACCCGUUGACACUGGCGCCCCCGGAAGCCGCGAUUACAAACCUUGCACGCAGUUCUGAAGAUUCGAAUACCUCACAGCAGAUCCCAUUGAACAUAUCGACGAGCGAUGUGUCCAGCACAGCGGCAUUACCCACUGUACCCGACGAGGAGGAGGAUACACCACCCACCUCGACCACGUCGAGCCAGCUGGGGUCGCAGGAGACGCGGUCUAUAGAGUUGCAGGAACAGAAGGAGUCGACGGAGAACCUUGCAGUUACAGAUGCUGUGCAAGAACACCGUUCAAAUACCAAUUCACAAAGUCCUCCGCCGAACAGUCUCUCCGGAGCAAAACGCACAGCAAGUGGCGAGGUGAAAAGGUCGAGUGUCAACGGACUUGCAGACGUCGUGAGCCAGUCUAAAGGGUUUGGCCAUGCCCGAACGACAAGCAGUGUAUCAAAUGGCAAUAUCUCAGAGGUAGGAUUGGCCAGAGCAACCACGGCGAAUCCAGGGACUGACACAGACCAGCUCUCACAACAGCUACGUACCCGACUAAAAUACGCAAUGAUCAAAGUGCAGAAUGGCUGGCAGACACGUUCCCUCGAUGAAGUCGAAUCCCUAGCCUCACAAUCCCCGCGGUCCACCGUUUCUGGAUUCCCAAACUCGCCUCGUCCACGCGGUCUGCUCUCCCCCCGAACAGUCAUGUCCAGGAGUUACGGACGAGAGUCGAGCGAGAGCGACUCAUCCGACAGCACACUAGAAACCCGAGCUCUGGUGACUCUGAACAGUCCACAAGUAUCUUCACGACGCGCUCUCGCACCUCCGGUUGAUAUUGUUCCGAGCUCUCGGCGUCGGGCAACACCAAAUGGUACCUAUCAAAACACACACAGUGCUCGACACACGUCGCAGUCGUCGCGUCCUCCCACGAGUCACCGAACACCAAGCCAGAAUGCAGCAAUGGAAGCAGACGCGGUCGAGACGCUUCUUUUCAUGGCCAGCCCCAAUAAUUCAGGAUACAAUCCCAGCCUGUCGCAAGAUUCUACUAUCCGAUCGACACAGACAUUUGCGGCUUCACAAUUGACAUCUCCAUUGCGGACCCAGUUUAGUCAGACGUCCAUGACAUCGCCUAAGAGAGUUGCCUUUUCUAAUGGACGACCGGUGUAUGAUAAAGCUGCCAUUAUUGAUCGCAUGUUGAAUGACUUGUCAGAUGACAGUGAUGAGGAAUUGGAGCGUGCUUUUGAACUCGCGGAGAAGUCCAAAAUUUCAUCGGCCGCCACCGCGGCGGCACCACCAGCAGCAUCUACUGUAUUGACGUGAAAUUUCGGUCUGGCUGUGAGUCGGAAUAUUUGGGAUUUGUACCUGCAUUGUUGGUUCUGUUGCGCAUGUGAGCAUUGGCAUUGGGACCGGAAUUUUGGAUACAUCUGGCGGUCGUCAGAUGGCAUUUGGUCUUCGGUGUUCUUUCUUGGUGGCCAAGGGGCACCUAGGUAAGGUAAGACAACCUUGCGUGCCUUGUGAUUAUCGUUAUCAUAUGGAUGCUACCAAUGGAGCCAUGUUUUGUGAGACACAGAGCCCCCGAUAGGGGAGGCACUUGAUGACCCGGCUGAAUGAUCUUUUUUUGUAUAUAAGCGAGUUUAUUGGAGGAAACAUUUUUGGUCUUGAGAGUGCGAUACAGUUGCAGAUACCACACCAUCAUGGGCAUUUGAAAUUUAUGGAUCGGAU